AUGGGUAAAUACCGUGCUAUUCCACCGAAAUAUUACCAUUUACAGCAUAUAGAACAUAAUUCACUCUUAUUAAGCCGUGGAGAGACUUAUGCGUUGUCUGAUGAUACGCAUGAGGAAGGAGGUGAUGAUGUACAUGGUGUUCGAUACGGUACUGCACAAGCUUAUGCGGACGCUUUUCGAGCAAAACUUCAAGAGCCACCACUGAGUCCACGAAGUAAAUUUAAUCUCUUGAGUUCACGGAUGGUAACAGACAACAGUAUGACACCAACUGAGAGUAGUGAUACUUCGGGAAGUCACGAGGAAGAAAAAGUUGAAGGACGUGCUGGAUUUGAUCCAUCUCUACAAACAAGAAAACAGUAUCCUCAGGCCUGGAAUUCAUUCUCAUGUCAAGAUGAUAUCGGUGAUAAUGCAAUGGAUAACGAUGAGGAGUCCGUAACUGAAGAAGAUUGGAAACAACGAGCAAAUCCACUUAUUACUAUUAUUGUACCACCGGGACCCUGUGGCCUUGUCUUGCAAGUAGCCAAUCGUGACGAGUCGGGGGCACCUAUUGUGAACGGAUUUGUUCGGAAAUAUAAUGGCAGGAAGAGUACCAUUGAGAACAGCAGUCUUGUGCAAAAAGGAAGUGUACUGUGUGCAAUCAACGACAUCGACGUGACACACAUGCCGCUUAAAGAGGUGAUCCGCACACUCAACUUGUCGUCGCAUCUUGAACGUGUGUUUACUUUCCGUAACGGUUUCCAGCACCGUAACUCGAUGUAA